AACAAAUGGGCCCUGAAACGUCGAGGUCCAUGAACUGGUUUCCCACUUUUUAAACCCUCAAACCCUAGCUAGGGUCGCAAUUCACUUGCGGCUGCAGCAGAGAAGCACUCAUCAUUCUUCGUUUGUCUAAGAUCCGCCUUCUCUGAAUUGUAAAAAUGUCGCUCGGAGAAACUGCUUGUUCAUACGCAGCUCUCAUCCUUCAUGAAGAUGGAAUCAGUGUAACUGCCGACAAGAUCAGCACCUUGUUGGAAACUGCAAAGGUUCAAGUAGAUACCUAUUGGCCAACCUUAUUUGCUAAACUUGCUGAGAAGAAAAAUCUUGGCGAUUUGAUAGCCAAUGCAGCAGGCGGUGGUGCACCAGUUGCUGUUGCAGCUGCCCCUGUUGCUGCCUCAGGUGGUGGUGGUGCUGCUGCUGCCGCCCCAGCUGCUGAGGAGAAAAAGAAGGAGGAACCUGAAGAAGAGAGUGAUGAUGAUAUGGGAUUUGGCUUGUUCGAUUAGGGACAUUCUCAAUAUGAUUUGGUUAAAUUUUGUGGUUCUUUACCUUUAAGUUUACUUUAUGGAUAUUGUAGGUUUUAUUUUUGUGCUGGUUAUUUAUAUCUGUAUAAGACUUGAUUUUGUAGUUUUAUGAACUUCGGAAUGUGGGUUUAUGUCCAUUUGAGAAUUCGGAUGGGAGAAAUUGUUUACUUUAUAUUCUGUUUCUUCGUUU